ACGUCUGUCAACAACAGCGACAACAACAUCACUUGCAUGAUUAUUGAUGACAUCGCAGAUUCCCUCACGUAUCCAAGUGCCUCUCGACUGGUGAAAGAUCAACGCAUAGGCGCACUCUUCAGAAGUCUACCUCAAGUUUUCCUGGUUUGGUAACUUGGGCUCUUUUCUUCGGGAGGCGGGAGUGUUUUUUUUUUUAUCUCCCUGGAUGCUGGUUCCUGUCUAGUCCAGUGGCUACCCUAUCAAGACUAACCUUCCACGAAUUGGAAUACAGGGCAUUUUUACUCCGAAUUUUCCCCGGUGGUCAAGCUCCAUCGUCGGAAGCUCCCUGUUCUCCUCUCUGGCGGGAGGUUAGUUGAAGGCGUAGGGUUGUGGAGGUAUGACUGCGUUGGCAGGGGCAAUACCAAGGAUGAUGCGCCCCAUGCUGGCUCAGAACUACCCACACAGUGGCUUCCCACUGGAAGUCUCAACCCCGUUAGGCCAAGGUAGAAUGAACCAGCUCGGGGGAGUUUUCAUAAAUGGCAGACCUUUGCCCAACCAUAUCCGCCAUAAGAUCGUCGAAAUGGCCCACCAUGGCAUCAGGCCAUGCGUAAUCUCCCGUCAGCUUCGCGUCUCUCACGGUUGCGUUUCCAAAAUCCUCUGCCGGUACCAGGAGACCGGCUCCAUCCGACCCGGGGCCAUCGGGGGAAGCAAACCCAAGCAGGGGACGACACCUGAUGUUGAGAAGAGAAUAGAGGAGUACAAGCGUGACAACCCGGGUAUGUUUAGCUGGGAGAUUCGGGAUAAAUUACUGAUGGAUGGGAUAUGUGACCGGAACACCGUUCCAUCAGUGAGCUCUAUCAGUCGCAUCAUGAGGAGUAAAUUCGGAGGGAAGGGAGAUGACGAUGAUGAUGAAGAUGAAAUCGAGAAAAAGGAAUUAGAAGAACACGAACGGCGGGCCAAACACAGCAUCGAGGGCAUCUUAGGAGACCGAUCGAGCCACUCAGAUGAGGGGUCGGACGUGGAGUCAGAACCGGACCUGCCUCUGAAGAGGAAGCAGCGCCGCAGUAGAACCACCUUCACGGCUGAACAGUUGGAUGAGCUGGAGAGAGCCUUCGAACGAACACACUACCCUGACAUCUACACGAGGGAAGAGCUUGCUCAGAGGGCCAAACUCACGGAGGCCAGAGUACAGGUGUGGUUCAGUAACAGACGAGCCCGGUGGAGGAAGCAGGCUGGAGCUAGUCAGCUCAUGGCCUUUAAUCACCUGAUCCCUGGGGGUUUCCCGCCCUCUGCCAUGUCCAGUCUCUCACCUUAUCAGCUGUCUGACAGCCCGUAUCCCCCUACAUCCAUAUCACAAGCGGUGUCGGAGCAGCCCAGCACCCUGCAUCGGCCCCAGCCCCUGCCACCCUCCUCAGGCCACCACCAGAGCUCAGGUGGGGGAGGGCAGGAUGUGGGGUCGGCCUAUUGCCUGGCCACUGGACGCCACGGCUUCUCAGGCUACUCGGACAACUUUGUCACGUCAGGAGGCCCUCCCAACUCCCAGAACCCAUCCAACGGCAAUGGCCUCUCUUCCCAGGUGAUGGGUCUGUUGAACCCAGGCGGAGUGCCCCACCAGCCCCAGAGUGACUACGCCCUCUCCCCCCUGACAGGAGGCCUGGAGCCCCCCGGGGGCAUGGGGGCCAGCUGCUCCCAGCGUCUGGAGCACCUCAAGGGUCUGGAGGGCCUGUCCAGUGUCCCCAACAUCCCCAGUCUCCCCUCGCUGCCCAACUCCCAGUCCUACUGCCCGUCCUCCUACAGCGCUCCUGCCUACAGCGUGGACCCAGUGGCCUCCUACCAGUAUGGGCAGUACCACGGACAAAGUAAGGUGCCCUUCAUUAUCUGAGACCUGAGAUCACCUGAGGAUCUGCCCAUCUAAGAACCCCCCCCCCUCCACCUCCGGCCCAGCCCAGUCUCCACCUCCGGCCCAGUCUCCACCUCCGGCCCAUCCCAGUCUCCAUCUCCACCUCCGGCCCAGCCCAGUCUCCACCUCCACCUCCGGCCCAACCCAGUCUCCACCUCCACAUCCAGGCCAGCCCAGUCUCCACCACCACCACCUCUGGCCUAGCCCAGUCUCCACCUCCACCUCUGACCCAUCCCAGUCUCCACCUCCAGCCCAGCCCAGUCUCCUCCUCUGGCCAAGCCCAGUCUCCUCCUCCGGCCAAGCCCAGUCUCCAACUCCGGCCCAGCCCAGUCUCCACCUCCAGCCUAGUCUCGGUUGAGGGACGUGUGUACUGUACUGUAUAUGUUGAGACUGAGGGGACUCUUCAAGUAAUCAGGACCAAAAGCUUCUCCACUAUCCCUGGCUACCUAUUUCCUCACCCAGGCACUUCCACUCAACAAUGAUCUGUUCCUUCAGGCAUGAUGAAAGUAAUGGAAGAGAGACUAAAGUUAAAGGACAUUGAUAGAGAGGAAUUUAAGGCCCAAACAAUGAAACACAUGAACUUAGAUUAAGGUCUGUUGAUGACUGACAGAGAUGCCACUGGGUACAUUCCCUUGGCUGUGAUGUGGUCUACCCCACAUUGGGCGCCAACUAUGACCAGGAAAACCGUGGAAGACUAAUCCACACAGACCCACAGCACAGCCCAGGAGUGGAGGCCCGGUUGGGGUAAAACAUCCUUAAGUCAGGCCUGUGGAAGAGCACAACCAGACUGUAUAGUAACAGACUCACUAGUGGCUUUAGAGCUGUGAACCUGUUUACAUGUUUGUCGUAGGGCCAAAGGAAUACAGAUUCAUUCUAUUUAUCUCUGAAUGAAAGCUACUUGAGGGAAAAAAUAACAGGCUUUUAUUUGACGUUGCAUUUAUUUGAUAUGUUUUGUUCCAAAAGAUUCCUUCCCACAUAAAGAGUGAAAAGAACACAACAUUCCAGCCAUAGACUGAGGAACAAACAAACAAACAAACAAGGAAAUGUGUAGAAAAUAAACAUGUCAAUCAAAGAAAGAGGAAGCUUUGAGACAUCAUCAUAAACAGACCUGCAAUGUAUACUACAGCUGUUCCGUUCCCUUCAUUAUGUUAAAUGCUUAGUGUUCUAAAACAUUCCAUUGAACUCUCACUGUGUUCUGUUGAUAACUCUGAUCUCUUGUAGCUUUAGAAGUAUUCCUAGGGGUCAGGGGUGACUUCGGGGAAAGUCCCAGGUGAAGGAGCAGGAUGAAGGAGGGGGGAUUCAGGGGUUCUGAUGGGCGACAGGGCUGAUCCAUCAAGGGGUGCAGUUCCCCGUCAUAGAGGCCUAUUAGGGCACGAGACUCACGACCAAGAGCCACAUGAGAAACCAGGACCACCUCACCACAGACCAACCCAACUGACCAGAAGUGCAAUAUCAUGUACCUCAGAGUCAACGAUGCCAUCAAACAGAUGAAACAAAAAGAUCUUGUGUCUUAAGAACUUUCUGUAAAACAUUUGAAUCAUGUUUGAGUCAUUGGUUAUUACAUGUGCCUACGUAGGCUUCGAGGUCCAAAACAAAGAAACAACAACAUUGUCAGUACGGCUAUGACAGCAAAGCCACAGGGAAAGGUGGGAUGCACAUUGUGAACCAUUGAAGUCAUUCCAAGCCCAUGUGGAGCAGAUUGAUUCAAGGGGAAAAAAGAAGUCAACAAAAUAAACUUCUGAAGAAUUACAAAGCCAAAUUAUUUCAUGCAUCUUUUUGCUUGUGUCUUUUUGUUUCUCUUGUUGCAAAAACCGAAAGAUCAACAGUGUGUUGUUUUACAUCAUUUCCUUAUUUAUUCUCUCUAAAGUAUCUUAACAAUUCUGCAACAUUAUUCUUAUACAUUCUGCAACGUUUUUGUCAAAUUACUACAUCACAUACCUUAUAGGAACACUGUGUCCGUCUGUUCACUAAAUGGUAGCUGGAUGUCUCAACAGAUCAAAGGUUGCCACAAGCACUCAGCGGUCAAUUGUACAUUUGUCUGUAACAGAAAGAAAAGUGUUUUUUCUUUCCAAUGGUUUCUUUCAUUUUUAUAUAUUUUUUGUAUUAUUUGACAGAAUGAUAUGGUGCAAUGUCUUGUGUACAAGCUCAGUAUUAUUACUAUUUAUAAUAAAAAAUGAAAAUACAAU